UCUAAAUGGAACUGAACCUUGGGUAUAAGUGGGACCAGUAGGCUUAAGGUUCAAAUUCCAAAAACCAACAACCAACAUAGAUAUCUAGUAAUAAAACUAAGAGCUUGUAUUUUGUGAGGGUGCUUGUGUUGGUGCAUUUAGCAGCAUUGCUAUUUUUGUGGAAGUAGUUCUAUAUUGAGAUCACUGGUAGACAUGUUACUGUUUAUAUUGGAGAGGACGGUGUUAAAAGUGCAGAUGAGAGGUGAGCUUCAUUACAAAUUCGUAGGAGGCAAAUGGAGGGAAAUACUAAGGAGGAGUAUGAACGAUGUGGAGGAGCUGAAAGGGGACAGAGGAGGCCUAACAAUACGGUUAGGAUCUUCAUGAUCUAUGAGAAGAAGUUGAGGGAGCUGGGCUUGUUUAGAGUGGUGAAGGCAAAGGGACGCUCUAGUAGUGGCCUACAGUUACUUGAAUAAUUGCAGCAAAAAUAUUCAAACCAUUCUUUAAUCUUGGUAAUAAGAGAUACUCAGUAAGAUAUGAAGAAUAAUGUUUUCAUCAUGAGGAGAGCACAGACGUGCAACAGGCUGUACAAGGAGGUCAUGGAUUGUCUGUUCAUCUUAAAUGCCACAGGUGAUGUGAGCUAGUGUGCGGCAGAAAUUUGGACUGGAUGAUGAUCAUCAGAGGUCCCUUGAGAACAUCUCUGCCGGGGCUGCUAUAGCGACGCGGAGGACGCCGGCGCUGAGCGAAGCCGCAGGGACGGAGACCGGACAUGCCCUUCUCCCAGCGCUCCUACCACCCGCCGACGGCCGAGACCGGCGCGGGGCCGGCGGCGUAUCCCGCGUUCCAGUUCCGCGGGCGGCACGAGAACCCGGACUGGCGGCGGCUGAGCACCGUGGACGUGGAACGGGUGUCGCGGGAUGGGGAUGUGGCGGUCCUGCAGACGCACUUGGAGCAUGUCACUUUCUGCAGCGCCGAUCAGGAGCGCUGCCCGCACUGCCAGGCCCCCGCAGACCCGCUGCUGCUGAAGCUGCUGCGCAUGGCACAGCUCUCCACCGAGUACCUGCUGCACUCCCAGGAGUACCUCAGCGCCCAGCUCGGCAGCCUGGAGGAGGCUCUGAGAGAGACACAGGCCCAGCGUGACCAGCUGGGGAAGGAGGUGGCCCAGCGCUUGCAGGAGAUCCAGGGGCUCAAGGAAGAAUGCAGGCGGAGGAAGAAGAUGAUCAGCACCCAGCAGAUGAUGCUGGAGGCACGAGCGAACUACCACCAGUGUCCGUUUUGUGAAAAGGCUUUUAUGACCUAUUCCUUUUUACAAAGUCACAUUCAAAGACGUCACUCAGGAGAGUCUGAGAUCGAACAGAAGAGGAAAGGAAAUACAGAAAAAUUGCAGGAUGAGAUUGAAAAACUGAAGCAGCAGUUGCAGAUCACCAAGUCCCAGUUAGAGUCUGAACAACAGGCUAAUUUGGCCAGGCUGUCUAAGGAAUGUGAGCAGCAAAAAUCAAAAGAAGAAGAGAUUCUACAAUCAUUUAACAAAUGGAAAGAUGAGGAAAGAGAGAAAUUGGCUGAUGAAAUAGAAAAAGUGAAAGAUAUGUUUAUGAAAGAGCUUAAGGAGUUAUAUUCAAGAAAUUCAACCUUAGAAAAUCAACUAUUAGAAUUACAAAAGUCCAAUAUGCAACAAAAAUCCAAUUUAGGAACACUGAAAGACAGCCAUGAAUUUAUAGAGGAGAAACCUCAGCGUCCUCAGGAUCAUCCAAAUGUGGUUAGACUAAUGGAAAAACAGGAAAAAAAGUGGACAACUUUAAUACAAGCCAUCCGUCAUGACCAUGAGACAGAAAAGUCCCUGCUACUGUCACAGAUUGAGACAAUCAAAACAUCAGCAAGAGAAGACCUGAACAGAAAUAACAUCUUUUACAGGAGGAGGAUAGAAGAAUUGGAGCAGAGGCUUCAGGAGCAGAAUGAGCUGGUUAUUAGUCAGAAGAGGCAGAUAGAAGAAUUGUCCACAAAACCACCUCCAAGUGUUAAAACAUAUGAUGUGAACACUCCUGUAGAGCGUCUUCAAGAAUCUAAAUCAAGUCCGUCAGUUACCCUACAUGAAACUGAGAAAAGUGAUCUAAAACCAGAUAGAAGUAACCACUAUUUAAUAAAUGCUCUGAAGUCUGAUCCUUCUUUAACUAAAGAAUUGCGAGCUGUUUUGGAGCAAGCUCUGGAGGAGAAGCUGGAAUCCCUGGGAAUUAAAGCAGGUGUUCGUGGAAUAUCAAGUGAUCGCUUAAAUAAAAUUUUGCGAGCAAUUGAAAGUGCCAGAGAACGCAAAGAGAAGCAAGAGCCCACCAUUCAUGGAAUUCGAGAGCAUCUUGAACGUCAAGUUGGCUUUCGGGUUGAAGAGAAAUCAUUAUCUUCUAGAAGACCCGAUUCCUGUGCUCAGCUUCUUGGUGAAGAAAAACACAGGUUCAAUCCAUUGGGAGUUUCCUCAUUUGCCACACCACAAAAGCCAUCAAAGUCGUCUCCAUCAGCUGUCCGCCCACCUGGACAAAGAACAAUCCUCCCUGAGUUUACUUCUACACCAAAAUCCAGGAAGAUUCUUGGAAGUGGAGGUUCCAGAAAAACAUCUAGCAUCACAACACCACCAUUCAGUUCAGAGGAAGAAGCUGAUGAAGAUGAUAUGAAACAGUUUUAUGUAGCACCAGAGACAUUGCAAAAGCAACCAAAACCAUCAAGCAGCAUAGUCCAUGCUUUUCAGAAGCCUUCUGGCAAAAGUGAUGGGAAUGGGAUGGAGGAAAACGGAGCUGGAGAAACUGGAACACCUCCCAAAACUUCUAAAGGAACAGUUAUUAAAAAACUGACUAAACAAGUUGGAGAGAGUCUUUCUAACCAUGGAAGUAAGAACAAACCAGCUGGAGGAAUUAAUGUUACACAGGCAUUUAUUAAGAAAGAAGAGGUGAAAGAACUGAAGCUCACAGAAGCUGAUGAAGAUGAUUGGGAUAUUUCAUCAGCAGAGGAAGACAUUUUAUUGAUGAAAGCUGACAGAGGUCAGAAGGCGAUGACAGUUCAUAAAAAUGAGCCCAAUGGUGCAUCUGUGGUACAUGCAUGGGGCCUUCCCAAGAAAAGCGUGCCAAAGGAGGAAGGCCUUCAUGAAGCUGAUAAUACAAGCACAUUAAAAAGCAGCUUAGUCACUGUGACAGACUGGAGUGAUUCUUCAGAUAUAUAAUUGUUCCUUUCCUGAUGGGAGGUCCUGCUUUUGGGGUCUGCUGGGAUUCAAAAUGCAGGUGAAAACAUCAAGUGUUUCCCAGUAACUUUUCUCAUUGGUCCUGUAAUAACAAGGAAUACUGUUUACAGAGCUCUUGUGUCAUUCAAUCUGACUCUGAAAAAGAAUAUUGAAAUAUGCAAUACUGGCCAUGUCUGUUUGGAAACAAAUUAAUUCUUCUCUCUUUUUGUGGUAGUUUAACCCCAGCCAAGCUCCACACAGCUGCUCAUUCACUCCCUCACCUGUGGACCUGGGGAGAGACUUGAAAGAGUAAAAGUGAGAAAACUCAUGGGUUGAGAUCAAGGCUGUUCAAUAGGGAAAGCAAAAGCCACACACUCAAGCAAAGCAAAACAAAGAAUUAAUUUACUGCUCCCCAUGGGCAGACAGGUGUUCAGCCAUCCCAGGAGAGCAGGGCCCCAUCAUGUGUAAUGGUGGCUUGAGAAGACAAACAUCAUCACUCCAAAUAUCUUCCUCCUUCUUCCCCCCCUGUAUAUACUGAGCAUGAUGUCACAUGGUCUGGAAUGUCCCUUUGGUCACUUUGAGUCACAUGUCCCACCUGUGUCCCCUCCAAACCUCCUGUGCACCCCCAAUUUCCUCGCCGAAGUGAUGGUAUGAAAAAAGAAAAGGCUCUGUGCAAGCCCUGCUCAGCAAUACCUAAAACAUCUCUAUUAUCAACUCUGUGUCCAGCACAAAUCCAAGACACAGCCUCAUACCAGCCACGGUGAAAAAAAUUACCUCUAUCCCAGCCAAAACCAGCACACUCAUGAGUUCAGUGGUGAAAGUCUCCUUCAUUUCUCUGAGGUGAAUAUUUUGCCUCUAAUGUUUACAUUAAAGAUUGAAACUGGUCUUGCAAGAAAGCCUGUUAACCAAUGAACAGAAUAUACUGCAGAAUAUUACUUUAUACAAUUUUUAAUGCCUAUUUUCUUGUAUUUUAUCAUGAACUUUAUAUAAAAUUGUCAACAUUCUAAAGAAAAUAUAUCCAUGUAUUAAACCGUUAAGUUUCAACCAUGGUUUACAAUAAACACCAAAUGAAAAGAAAAAAAGGCUCAGCUCUAAAACUAAUCAUCAUUAAAUGCCUCCUAUAUGGGAAAAUUGGUUCAUUGGGUUUUUUUUUUUUGUACUGGAGUUGAGUCUUUGUUAGUAUAAAAGGACACCAAAUGGAAAAAAAAAUACAAUGUAAAGCCACAGUGAGGAAAGCACUGACCUGCAGUUGCAGAAGUACUUGACAUUUCUGGUUUGUCCAUAUUGGCUGCCUUCUUAAAAAAACACAGUAGUGUUUCUACUUAAAUGAAGUACAAAAAAAUAAUGUAAAACAAAAAGAAUCUUGACUUUGUAGUUCUAAUGUAAUUUAAAUAAUAUCAGAUAUAAAACUUUUUCUAUACUGUGCCAUUAUUAAAUAGGACUGUUCAUUUUUUAUAUUCGCACUGUUGUCCCAAACUGUCCAAUUUUUGUUGAAAUUCUAUAGAUCCAUCAGUUCAAACUUCAUAACAAACAUGAGUUGUGUCUGAUUUUAGGGACUCAGUCUAGAAAGCAUUUUGUGGUUAUUUGUAAUCUCUGUUCUCAUUUAUUGACUUGGACAAAUACUCCCUGAAAAGUCAUCACAUUUCUGUGGACAGACAAAGAAGAAACACUAGCUCAGUUUUUGAACUGCAAUAUGCCAAUACGAUGUGUGUGAUGCCAUUCCCGUAAGCAGCUGACAUGACAAACUGAAUUAGUAAAUACCUCAUUUAUUUUUUUUUCAAGAAUGCAAUAUCAGCUCAUGAUUGCCAGGUAUAAACGUAACAAUACCAACAUCAAUCUUAAAAUAUUAUAUAAUAAAAUUUACAUCAAUAUGUAAAAA